UACUAGGGGAACACAAAACAAGACAGGAAAGGGAAGUAGUUAGAAAAGUUAUCGAAGCAGAACAACAUUUCUCUUCCCAGUUGACGGCAAAAACAACAGGUGUUGUUGAAUACAGUGUAAACUAAUACAACCUCUAAAAGUAACAACAUGGGAACAACCGCAAGUCAACUACGUAAGGAUGUACUCUCCGAAUACCAGGAGCUGACAUUUUUAACAAAACAAGAAAUUCUACUUGCUCACAAGAGAUUCGGUGAACUGCUCUUAAAAGAAGAGAGAAACCAUUCCAAUUCCAGAGUACCCAUGGACAAAAUCCUAACCUUACCAGAGCUCAAGUCAAACCCAUUUAGGAAGAGGAUUUGUCAAGUUUUCUCCACGUCUGAUGUCAAAGAUGGAAGUCUGACCUUUGAGGACUUUCUCGAUCUCCUAAGUGCCUUCAGUGAUUCAGCUACCCUGGAAAUCAAGUCCCACUAUGCGUUCCGGAUUUUUGACUUUGAUGACGAUGGCACACUGGAUGGUGGAGACCUUGAAAAGCUGGUGAACUGCCUGACAGGUGAAACAGAUGACACACGGCUUACUCCUGAGGAGAUGAGACAACUCAUCAACAAUAUUCUUGAAGAAUCUGACAUUGACAAAGAUGGAACCGUGAAUCUCUCAGAGUUCCAGCAUGUCAUCUCAAGAUCACCUGAUUUUGUCAGCUCUUUCAAGAUUGUGUUGUAAGGUCUACACCGGGACAUGAAAACUCCUCUGCAAACGUCAGAUUUCAGCAAUUUUUUCUUCUUGACGAAUACAUUUAAAUUGCCUUAAUUUAUACAUUCUCCAUUUGGUAGCUUUUCCAAUUCUGUGUGAAUGAGCUAUUGUCUUUUACAGAUUGUCUGUGCAAUAAUACUUUUUACUUAACAUAUAUUGUAUAAAUAAGUCAAAUAAAGUAAAACUGUAUUUUUAGAAUGUAGACCUUUUAUAUAAUCAAUUAGAAAAAAAUACUGUUUAUAUAUUUUACAAAUACAGUACCUCAAGAUAAACCAUUUCGAUUUAGUAAGUCAUUGGAGUCCUCCGUUUCAAAGCCAGUUAUAUUGAUGUUAAGGAGGGAGUCCUUUCCUCUUUAACACCCACAAAAGUAUUCCAUGGUCCACACACUAUGUCCACCACAUGUAAACCCUUGUCUUUGAAGAAGUCCAGCCUUCCUGGCUCGUCUGAACUCCUUAAAGUCCCAUCUCCAAGCUGGCCAUAUUCACCUGAAAGUGUCACAAGUAUAUCUAUGAAUAUGGUUAUAAUGCUUACAGCCAAGUGACACUUUUUCAAUCAGUUUGGCCAAUAUAGUGAUUCACCAUUUGUAGAUCAAGGCAUGGCAAAAAGUAUUUAAAUUCCCAACCCGUACCCUCAAAAAUGUAGAUAGUAAUUGGACUCUUACCCCAGCCCCAAGUGUAGAGAUCACCUGUGCCUGAAACAAAACAAAUUCACAGUUGCCUUGUGUUUGACUUACAUGAAAGAAAAGCCAUUACAUUGGUUUGUUUUAGUAGCUUGGUUCUUACUUGUAACAGCUGCUGUGUGGCGUGACCCACAGCUAACCAUGCUGAUGUCACAUGACUCUGUGAUGUCAAGCAGGCCAGGGAAAGCCUGGAUAGAUAUGAACACCUCCACACUCUUCUCUCCUUCUUCAGUCUCCACACAUGUGGACGUGCUAGCACCUACACAUCAACUCAAUGUGAAUUAUGAAUACACACUGUAUAUGCCUACUUAUGAUUCUUAGACUUGCCACUGAGCUUCUAUUAUGCAAAGUCAAAGUUAACUUUCCACCAACUGUUGGGUACUUGUGUACUAUCACAAAUGUAAAUGAAUCAGGGUAAAUAAACACGGUUUCGUCUCACCUGUG